GUGCCCCGCGCGGGCCGGGCGCGCGGCCGCGGGCAAGAUGGCGGCGGGUGUGGGGCGGCCGUGAGGCGGCGGCGCGGCGGGGAUGGAGCCGCCCGCGGCCCCGGGCCCCGAGCGGCUCUUCGAUUCGCACCGGUUCCCGACCGAUGGGUUUCUGCUCCUGGCCCUGUUGCUGUACGCGCCCGUGGGGCUCUGCCUGCUCAUCCUGCGCCUUUUCAUCGGUGUCCACGUGUUCCUGGUCAGCUGUGCCCUGCCCGACAGCGUCUUGCGCCGGUUCAUUGUCCGUGUGAUGUGCUCCGUGCUGGGGCUGCUGGUGCGGCAGAACGACCCGCGGCUGCGCGGGGCCGGCGCCAGGGUCUUCAUCGCCAACCACGUCACCCCCUUCGACCACAACGUCGUCAGCCUGCUCACCUCCUGCAACACGCCUGCACUGAAUGGUGCCCCAGGGUUCAUCUGCUGGUCCAGGGGAUUCAUGGAGCUGGGAGUGAUGGGCAGCAGGGCAGAGCUGGUGGAUUCCCUGAAGGAAUACUCGUCCCAGCAAGGGAACCCACCGCUGCUGCUGUUCCCGGAGGAGGCGGCCACCAACGGCCGGGCCGGGCUGCUCCGCUUCAGCUCCUGGCCCUUCUCCAUCCUGGAUGUUGUGCAGCCCGUUGCCCUGCAGGUCCGGAGGCCGUUGGUGGCGGUGAGCGUGGCCGACUCCUCCUGGAUCACAGAGCUGCUCUGGACCUUCUUCGUUCCCUUCACAGUAUAUCAAGUAAGGUGGAUGCCGUCUGUCCCCAGGCGAGCGGACGAGCCGAGUGAGGACUUUGCACUCCGAGUUCAGGAGCUCUUGGCCGUGGAGCUGGGUGUGGUAUCCACACGGAUCACCGCCGCCGACAGGACCGAGCACAUGAAGAGGCUGCGGCACACGUCACGGCUGCCCUUCGCCCCAGCCUCGAGUCAGCGCCUGGUAGCCCAGCCCAGGGUGCCCCCCCACCUGCCUGGAGGUGCUCCUGAGGACGUGCAGGUUGUGGCCAUGGCACAGCAGGUCAAGGAGGUGCUGCCUCACGUGCCCCUGGAGGUCAUCAGGACAGACCUGGCCCAGACCAACUGUGUGGACACCACGAUUGCCAACUUGCUGGAGGGGAGAGUUUCCUUCUUCCCCGAGAGUCAGGAGGCUGGUACUGACCUGCCUACCCUGUCUACCUCCCAGGCUGCAGCUGCUUCUGGCAUCCAGGGCUCCGUGGCUGCGCCUUCUGCCAAGACAGCUACAAAGCAGUUUGCAAAGUCCCCCGUGGAGCGUCACCUGUCCUUGCAGGAGCGGAAACGAGCCUUGUACGACUAUGCCAGGAGGCGGUUCGCCGAGAAGCACGGCGUGGCAAGGGCCGGCGGCAGCCUCUAACGGGCCCAGGCCGGCCGAGGCCCUGCCCGCAUCGGCCUGGAGCCCGUGACCGGCCCGGAGCCCGUGACCGGCCCGGAGCCCGUGACAGGCCCGGAGCCCGUGACAGGCCCGCAGCCCGUGACAGGCCCGGAGCCCGUGACAGGCCCGCAGCCCGUGACCGGCCCGGAGCCCGUGACAGGCCCGGAGCCCGUGACAGGCCCGGAGCCCGUGACAGGCCCGGAGCCUGUGACUGGCCCGCAGCCCGUGACCGGCUCGGAGCCCGUGACCGGCCCGCAGCCCGUGACCGGCCCGCAGCCCGUGACAGGCCCGGAGCCCGUGACAGGCCCGGAGCCUGUGACUGGCCCGGAGCCCGUGACCGGCUCGGAGCCCGUGACCGGCCCGCAGCCCGUGACCGGCCCGCAGCCCGUGACAGGCCCGGGCCGGCGGCGGCACCGGCGCGCGCGGGCCCCACGCGGACGGGACGGGCGGGGCGUGGGCGCCCCCUGGCGGCGAAAAUAAACGGCGGCAGCGUC